AUGUCGGAGCAGUUUAUGGCGUGGACGACGAACUCCGCCAUCUACUCCCGGAACGGCCGGGACAUCUUCGUGUUCUGCCAGGCUGAGCCUGCAGGAUUACUGAAGAACACCAAGUCUCGCGUGUAUUUCAUCAGCAUCCCAGAUGCCGUGAUGAUCGAGGCACAAGGCUUGGACUUCACGGUGCUGCAGCUGAUGGUCAACGAAAAGGAUGGCGAUGUCGUUGCGGUGGGGCACCGCUCGGGUUACAUGAUGAUCGUCACCAUUGCGACUAUUUACUUGAAUGAGGUGGAGAAUGCCAAGCGAGUGGAUUGGAUGUACACGCCUGCCUUGCCUCAGCGCCUGGUUCCGACCGAAGACUUUGGAGACCUGUUCCUCACGCCGGGCCUGGUCGCCAGCGAACACUUGUUCGCGAAGAGCUUCAUCAUGGUCAGGAAGUAUCCAGUUGACUGGACGGAGCCCAGGGACCCCGAGCUAUACCCGCCGAUUCUGAUGGAGAUUAGCAUCCGGGAGCAGAUCUACUUCGACUGGUGCCCUGCUGACUGCAAGGGCACCGUCAGCUACAAGUCCCCUUACACGCCAUUCUUCAACAAGGAGCCCCGCAUCCCGCUGUCCCUGGCAGCGCCCGCACUGGUCUAUGCACGGUUCAGCAUGGAGGCCGUGACCAUUGACGUGCAGUUUGACCGAGCUACGCUGCGUGGUGCGCUGCCAGUAAGCACCACAGGUGACAUUGUGCCUGACAUCAUUGACUACACCACGCAGCUGACGGGAGAUGCUUGGGACUGCGCCAAUGUCUUUGACGAGGACACGAUCAUCCUGCUUGGGCCCUUCCCAGAAACCAACUGCAAGUGGGCCUCGGAUGAUCUCAUCCAAAUCUCGCUGCCCCGUGUCUUCGACAUCCAGGUCGGGGAUCAGAUCUUCUUGAAGGCGGACAUCAUCUAUACCAUCCCUCGGCCGCAGGAGAACGAGUACUCCAUGGCAGCGCAGGGCGGCAUUGCAAUCUCACUGCCGGACCCGCUCGAGCAGCCGGUGGUCAUCAUCACGGGCCAGACAGAGAUCGACGAAUGCAGCCCCUUGCAGCUCUACGCCACAGACUCUUACUUCCUGGGUGGCAAAGCGACCUACAGGUGGGAGCUCCUCGGAUACACCGACCUCACCAACAAUCCGGCUGGCCGCAUUUACAACCAAACGAAGCUGGACCUCUUCCGGUUCGUGCUGGAGAAUGCCACGAAUUUCAACGAGGGGAAGGUGGAGUCACCCCCGCAGUACUUGGAGGAAGCGGUGGCCUUUACCAUCAACCUCACGGUCACCAGUCGCUGGGGCCUCCCGCAGAGCGAGCUGGUGGAGGUGACUAAGUUGGACUACCCGGCGCCCAUGGUGAGCAUCCUGGGCCCCAAAGAGCAGCUGGUGAACCGCACGGAGCAAGUCUCGCUGCUUGCGAAUGGGGUGCCCUCGGAGUGUUCCACGGUCUCCCGGCAGCUGGGCUACCGUUGGUCCGAGACGACUGGCCAACUAGACCUCUCUGCCAUGACGGACAUUGUCUACACGACACGAUCCCUGGUGAUCCCGCCAUUUGUGCUCGAGCCCAUUGGCAGUGGCACUGACCUGAACAUCUACAACUUCACCGUGGAGACGUUUGCCAUUGACAAUCCCAACAAGGCGGCCUAUGCAUUUGUCACCGUCAAGGUCCGGCGCUCGCCAGUGUUUGCCUACCUGGCGACAGAGGACCGGCUCAUGACGCGGGGGGACAUCCUCGUGCUGGACGCGCGCGAGAGUCAGGACCCAGACUACCCCACCAACCCGGGCAUGACCUUCAUGGGCACUUUCCAGUGGUGGUGCCUCACUCCGGAGCGGCUGCCCUGCUUCGGCACCAACUCCACGGGGCUUUUGCCGACCCUGGACAGCUGCAUCACAGACUUCGACUCCAGGAUCGUGCAGGGAGGCAAGACCUUCAGCACCCCGCUCUUUGACAAUGGCCUCUACUGCCGCUGGGCGCGGGGUGUGCUCAUGGUGUCAACGGUCAACUUCACUUCCGGGGAGUACAUCUUCGAGGUCAUGGCACGAUCCAACGACGGCCGUUACUCCACCAAGGACACGCGCAUCACGAUCACAGAGCUGGUGGUGCCUCAAAUCCGGCUCACCAUCGACAACCCGCGGCCCAAGUACCCUGUCACCUCUGAGAUCAGCAUCUCGGGCACCGUGGAGUCGGAGCUGGACCCCACGGUGACGCUGGAGUUCAGCUGGCGCGUUUUGGUCUACUCCGCGAACCCGUUGUACGAUGGCGACCGAGCGCGAGAAGCAGAACAAGACAACGACCCCACCACAGUUUACUUGGUAGACAAGAUGGUGUACAUAGACCAGACGGACGUUUACGACGUCACGAACGCUUCUCGCUUUUUCACAAGGCCGGACUCGCCCAACAUGAUCAUCAAGGGCAACGUGCUCCAAGAGUCCACCAUAUACAAGAUCCGUUUGGUGAUGACGGUCGGGGGAGGUGCUAUUGAGGGCUACACAGAUGUGUCAUUGGAGACCGCUGGCCUUCCGCCGCGGAGCGGUACAUUGCUCUGCGUGCCGCUGAAUGCCACCAUGGACACGAAGAGGGUGAUUUCAGCGCCUGACUGGGUCGCCAAUGACCUGCCGUUGAACUAUCAGUUUGGCUACAUGUACUACCUGGGCAUAGGCAUGCAGCCGAUCACGGUACGCCUGAACACAGCGCCGCAGCGGGUGCAGCAGAUCGAGGUGGAUGAGCUGCCGAUUGGCGAGCCUUCCACUGGCUUCUCCCUGGAAGUCUUUGUGGAUAUCAUCACGCCCUUUGGCGCAACAACCACAAAGACCAUCCAGGUGUUCAGCUUGCCACCGAAGAACGCCACGGAAAUCAUCCUGCGGAAGCUCGAUGAUGCAAGGACUUCAGAUCCGGAAACUGCGAUCAAUACCCUCAUGACGAUCCUGAACAUCGCACAGGCGCCGUCGCUGCCGCCUGGGCAGCAGCCUUCGCCGGAGUUGACGGCGAUCUUGACCCAGGUUCGGGAUGUCAUGAUCACCAACACCAAUGAAGCCCCAGUGACCAUCAACACUGCGGUGAACCAGGCUGUGGUCAUCAACGGCAUCAUCGACGCGGGCAUGAAGGAUGAAACGUCCAUGAACGUUCUGGAGGACAUGGUCCAGAAUUACGCCAACGCAGGCCUUUACAACGUGAACGAUCCAUCUUUGAUCGAGGCCUCCCUGUACGCCCUUGGCAACAUUCUGCCCAACUCUGGGGCCGAAACGGCUCUAGCAGCCACAGGGAAUUCGCUGGGGAUGUCAAAGUACCAAAAUACUCGGGGCGAGACUUUUGAGUACACCACGGUGGAGCACGAGGACGAGAUUAUGGCGAGUCACGUCCUCAGCACCUUCAGCGGGCGCUUGCCACAGAACCACCCGCUGCCCUACCGAGACGAGCGUGUCAUCGACACCUGCCAGAGUGCCUACUGCGACAUGGUGUGGCUGAUGUGCAUCCACAUGGAAAACCGCAAGGCUUACAAGUUCAUGUGCUGCGACUCGCCGAACCCAAGGACGAAUUGCGAGCACCCGCCUUGCUGGUUUUACGGACCCAGGUGCCCAGUGGAUGAGACGUCCGCGGCUUCAGCCGCCGCCGCCCCGGCCGUCGCCAGCGCGCUGGCAUCGGCACGGAGGCCGGAGCGCAAGCUGCAGUUCGCGACCACCACCACACCCGCGCCGGCCCUCUCUGGCGCUGGGGCCUUGAUUUGGAACCUGGAGCAGGAUGAGCUGCCGGUGUUGCUGGAUGUGCAGCAGGCCAUCGAGCAGCAGGACCGCUUGGCAGAGGCGAACCUCCGCGCAGCUGCGCAAGUGGAGGCCUCCUACGCCUUGAUGUCCGCCUUCGAGCGGGAUAGAAAGCGGCAGGAGGCGACCCUCGCAGAGGAGAACUCCGUCCGCGCAAAGAAGGAGGACGAGCGGCAAGUCUCCCAGCUCAUCACUCGUGCUGCGGUUCUGCGUGACACCAUCUGCAAGCAAGUCAUCGUCCAGCUGACCACAGGGGCUCCUCCGAUGCGCUUUGUGACUCCGGGUUUCGUGCUCUACAUGGGCCGCACCCGGAACAUGAGCCAGGUGAGCCCUGUCUUCGUGUUCCCUGAGAAGUUUGCUGUGCCGCCGACGGCUGGGAACACGCCGACACCAGGCAGCAACGUCACGGCCUUUUCCUUCAUCUUCGUGGAGUACGUCAAGAACAUCUACGGGUGGUCGGACUCAGCGCCGCCAGGGAAUCUGAACCUGCCGCGGAUCAUCACCUUGCUUGUCAUGCGUGCCAGCACUAUCGAAAUCGAGGUGCGCUACGAGACCUUCCCCAUCCGCGUUUUUGCGGAUCAGACCAUCUCCUCCUCCGGGCUCUGCUUGUACUGGGACCGCUUUGCUCCGGACACCUCCGGGGGCGCCUGGUCGCCCCAGGGCUUGCUGAACAACGGGGACGGGUGUCUCACCACACACCUCUCGGACAUUGGCCUCUUUGUGGAUGGCCGCCCUGCCAAACUCCUGGAGGUGGACCGAGCCAUCAGCUACUACAUCGAUGAGGUGGUGGACGUGGGCACCAACUACUCGCAGAUGGCGAUCCUAGGCUUCAUCCUGUUGCUGGGCACCUUUUGUGCCCUGUGGGGCUACAUCCAGGAUGAGCUCAUGCGCGAGCAGUUGAAAUCGGGCAAGGACAAAAGCUCGCCAUACAACUUGGCGGGCGAUGGUGUGACGACUCCCCUCACCGUUCUGGAUCCCAUCGCCUACAACUACACCGACCGCAAGAAUCUCUUUCUGGCCGUGACGUUUUGGCGGGUGCUGAAGCGGGAUCACGCGCUCCUCAGCCCCGUCUUUUAUCACGAGGUGUUUUCGCGGCCCCAGAGGAUUCUGUGCUUAGGAGUCCUGGCAACCGGCGUCAUGGCGGUGAACGCCAUCAUCUAUGGCAACCCUUCUGGAAUAGUCUCAGGAGACCAGUUCAUUGCCAGUGGCGUACUAUCUGCGCUAGUGGCCUUCCCCCUCUUCUGCGCCGUGACCUUCAUGUUCCAGACGAGGCCGACGCCCGCCAAGAAGAGGUUGGUGAAGAAAUCAGCCAAUGCUGAUCAGAUGGAGACCAUUGCCAAGGUACGCCGGGAGAUCGAGGCGAAGAGCACCCUGGCGCCGCCGCCAGGCUACCUGAACCUUCCGGCCCCGCCGGCGCCGGGCAGCGUUGGAGGCACCACUUUGCUGUCGCUGCCUCCACCCAUGAUGGCCUUGCCGCCACCGCAGCCGAGUAGUCAAUUUGGCCCGCCACAGCCGCGGCUGCCCAUGGCCCAACUGCCGGGGAUGCCGGGGCUGCCAGCGCUGCCGGGGCUGCCGCCGCUCCCCACGCUGAAGGCCGCAAACCCUGCGCUGGGCACCUUGCCGCCACCUCCAAAGUACCCGCAGCCGCCGGCGCGUGGCAUGCGCAACAGCGGCAGCGGCCCCGCUCAGGCGGCGCUGACCGCCCCGCCUCCUCCGCCGGGCGGGCGCACGCUGUCGAAUCCUUCUUUGCCUGGCCUUCGGGCAGUUGAGGGUGCAAGCCCAGGCGUGCCGGGCAUGGAUCGGGAGGCGCUGCCGAACAUGCCGGGAAUUGUGGCGGAGGCACAGCACCAGGCAGCGGACGAAGCGGAGGAGGCCGCGGGCACCGCCCGGCGCUUGCAGCCGGAAGCAUCGCAUGGCAUGGCGCCAGGCCAACCGCCGCUGCCGCCACUCAGUGGGCCUCCGCCGCCUCCAAAGGGAGCUCGCACGCCUACAGGUGGCAUGACGCCGACGGGUGGCGCGACCCCGAUGGGCCACACGCCAGCUGGGUCCACCUACAACACGCCCCGGACGCCCCCGCCGCUCUCUGCGAACACACCUGGCACUGGGGACUUCCUGCCUCCGGCCUUGCCGAAGGAGAUGCCGCCCAUGCCUACGCAGCCCCAGGGAGUCACAAGGGGCGUUGUGCACCGAGGCGACGCGCCCACCUUCAUCCCGGUGCCCUUCAAAGGGACACCUGGCCGGCCUGGGCUUCCUCCUGGCAUGCCCUCCUUGCCGCCGGGCCGGCCGGGCGCCGGGGGCCGUGCCUCCGCCACCGCCGCCGCCUCCGCCGCCGCCGCGGGAGGAUGA